AGUUUGAUUGCGCUCAGCCGUCUCGGCUUACCUCCUUAGGUUAGUCCAGCCCUAGGCAAUCUCGUAGACACAAGCAGCAGAAGCAGCAGUUUCAUCGUCGUCGUCGUCGUCGUUGUAUAAGUUUGAGAAGUAAAUUGGAGUGGUUUAUCGAUAGUAUUGAUAAUAGUAACAAUAGAGAGUAAGCAGUAUCUGGCAUAAUACAUGGCAACUCCUAAAAACGACUAUAAUCCCCCCACCCCAGCAGAGUGCCACGUGCAGAGCAAAGGUGUCCAAGGCUACUAUUCUGCCACUGGGUCAAGUACUGCUGCUAACACGCCGGACAUGUCCUCGACUAGCUCGAGGGCGACCCCGUUGGCUGCUGGGGCGAAUAGCAAUAUGAUGGCUCCACCUACAGUGGCGCCUAGCAUAAGCAGUAUACCUGAGUUCGGCGCGUCUAUUGGUGGGUUGAGACAACAGCAGCAGCAGCAGCAGGCUAUGGCCAUGCACCAGGCAGCAGCAGUGGCGGCUUCUCUUAGCAGUGGAGGCGGUAGUGGGAAGCAUUUACAGCAACAAGACUUGGGAGUAUUGGCUCAACAAGCUCAAGGGAUGCAGAAUUUCAUGAUGGGCAUCAGAGACUACACCGUGGGUGAUAAUAUUGGUCAGCCGAUUAUAAACAACAGUAGCAACACGCUCAAUCCUAACGUGACGGAGCGAAAACUUUUUAUCGGUGGUUUACCGAGUUUGGUGGACCGGCAGACUUUGUGGAAGUAUUUUAGCCAGUUUGGUCAGCUGGAGGAGGCUGUGGUGAUGAUGGAUAAACUCACAGGCCGCAGUCGUGGUUUUGGUUUUAUCACGUUUGUCAAUGUCAAAGACUUGGAAUCGUGUUUAUCGUAUCCGAACUCCCAUGUGUUACUGGAUAAAACUGUCGAUGUUAAACGAGCCGUUUCCCAAGAGGAAAUCAGAGCUCAGGCGGCUUUGAGGCAGCCGAUGACCCUGGGUGGUAAUUCGGCAAUGGGCGUUAUGCAGCAUAUGAUGGUUGGUGGGCAAGCGCCUAUGGGAGGCUUGGACCCUACUGGGACUAAUAGUAAUGGGGUCAUGCCACAGGAUAAUCCUUGUAAGGUCUUCUGUGGCGGCCUACCUGCAACUGUGGAUCGAGAGAGGCUACGACAGCACUUUGUGAGGUAUGGAGUCGUCACUGAUUGCAUCGUGAAAAUUGAUCGCACCAGUGGUCGCUCUCGUGGUUUUGGAUAUGUGACUUUCCAGACGCCCGCUGAAGCCCAGGCUGCUAUCCAGGGUGGGGUUGAUGGGCAGGGGAACACCAUUGAUGGCAAAUGGGUGGAAGUAAAACCUUCCACUCGAGAGGGAACUGGCCCUAGUAAGUUUAUGCAAGGGGGUGUUGCGCGAUAUCACAUGGCUGGCCGAGGAGGGUGGGGUAUGGCGCCUCCACCACCACAGCAUUAUGUGGCGAGUCCGCAGCCACCGCAGCAGUAUGGUAAUGGUUACGGUGUACAGCAGACUUCUAGUCUUACUGGUGGCCAUCCUCGCCAUCACCAUCAGUCGCCUCUUAUUGGGUAUGGGUCUAGUAGUGGGCUCAACCCAGGCAAUGGAAAUGGCACGACUAGCAGCAAUGCUUAUACCAACAACAGUCCGGUUGCCCAACAGCAGAAUAGCGGAUAUGUUCCGCCUGCUGGAGUGAUGUCUCCAGCUCAUGGCUAUCACCAUCUACUACAACACCAGCAGCAAAAGUCGAGGUCAAUGGCACCUCCUGCUACUUAUGCUCACCAACAACAACAGAAUCCUGCGCCACCACAGAUGUACACUCCGCACACUACUGGAUUUUCCGGGACGGUUGUUCCUAUGCCGGGUACGACUGGAAAUGACCUGAAUUCGAAUGUUACUAACGGCAAUACUCCUUAACAGUAAGCGCUACCAAUAAGGUUCGUCUCUAAAUGCAAGUAUCUCGACAUCUAUUCUCGACCUUUAACCUCUAUGUGUCUGUACUCGACUGACCUUAUAGUUCUAUUUCCUAUUCCAUAUCAUCGGAAUUGCGAUUUGCCUUUGAUCACUCUGUUUUGGUGAUAACAGGCUACUUUGCGGGAAGUCUUCACUCCUAUUGCCAUAUUACGAUGAUCUUGAUAUUGGUUUGUGGGCUACCGACAGAAACAGAGCUCAUUGUUUUUGAUUUUUGCGCGUAGUAGUAGUAGUUGUUGUAUGGUUGGGAGACGACGGAUAUCCUCGUUUGAAGUAUCAGUGGUAGCAGUGUUAUCAUCCUCGUUUCGUUGUGUAUUCUUUCGACAGUGAAUGGGCUCCUAUAGAGCGGCGAUCCACUGAUUCCACACGGUACUCGAGUACUGUGGAAAGGAAUCGUAUUUAAAACAU